ACGUGUAUAUGAUCAUGUGUGGACACGAACCCGGCACUCAGGUCAGUGGCUUUUGCGACUCAAAGCCACGGGACGCUCUGUAGUGUGAUGACUGUGAGGAUAAUCUUUAGCACACAUGCUGUCUCGGAGGGGAGCUGUGGAAAGUUGGCUCUGAGUGGACCGGCCUUCCUGAAGAAACUGUGAGGUCAGUCUCGGAGGAGUCUCGGGGGUGCGGCAGCAGUCGGCCGAACAGCAGCCAUUCGGAUGGGUAACGUACCCACUACGGUGAAGCACUGCCUGAGCUACGAGCAACUGGUCCAGGACUACCCAUGGCUGAGGCGCUGGCUGCAGGAGGAGAAGACCAGCACGACCCAACAGUAUCCAGAGUUUGUUAAAAUCGUUGAGGUUGGGCCCAGAGAUGGACUUCAGAAUGAAAAGGAAAUAGUCCCAACAGGGAUAAAAAUCCAGCUGAUAGACAUGCUGUCACGAACAGGCCUGCCUGUGAUCGAGGCCACCAGCUUUGUGUCUGCAAAGUGGGUACCUCAGAUGGCCGAUCACACCAAUGUGCUCAGGGGAAUCCAGAGAACACCUCACGUUCAGUACCCCGUGUUGACACCUAACAUGCAGGGUUUCCAGGACGCUGUAGCAGCCGGUGCUACUGAAGUGGCCGUGUUUGGCUCAGCGUCCGAAACCUUCAGUAAAAAAAAUAUUAACUGCUCCAUUGAUGAAAGCAUGCUGAGGUUUGAGGAGGUCAUUAACUCUGCCAAGGAGCGACACAUUCCAGUCCGCGGAUAUGUGUCUUGUGCGCUGGGAUGUCCCCACGAGGGAAACAUUGAACCUUCCAAAGUUGCCGAGGUGGCAAAGAGGUUAUAUGACAUGGGCUGUUAUGAGAUUUCUUUGGGGGACACCAUCGGGGUGGGAACUCCAGGUUCCAUGUUAAAGAUGCUGCAGAGUGUGAUGAAGGAGGUUCCUGCAAACGCUCUGGCGGUUCACUGCCAUGACACGUAUGGGCAAGCACUGCCCAACAUCCUGACUGCACUCCAGAUGGGGGUCUGCGUGGUGGACUCGGCAGUAGCCGGCCUGGGAGGCUGCCCGUACGCUCAGGGUUCGUCUGGCAACGUUUCAACAGAGGAUGUUCUCUACAUGCUCAGUGGCAUGGGCAUUGAAACAGGUGUGAACCUUGCCAAAGUGAUGGAGGCUGGUGAUUUUAUCUGCGGAGCUUUGAGUCGCCAGACAAACUCCAGGGUUGCUCAGGCCAGAGGCAGAACACUGUGACGCUGCUGUGAUGAAGGAUUCCCCAUUUAAAAGUGUUUCCCCUGUUCUUGCUGCCUUUCAGUUUCUUGACUAUGCUGCUGUAUUUAAUAAUUACUGGUCUGAAACUAAUACUUGCAUGAUUGCGCUUUAAAACCAGCUCCUUCGUUUUUCAGUUUCCUGUUUUUCUGUUCAGUUUUGGUGCUUAUUCCACUCAAAGACUCAAUCAUGUUGCAGAAAUAUAAUUUCCGCUUAUCUUCUGAUCUGUAUUGUUGGACAUUACAAAAGAACAAGGACAGCUCACAGCCGCUUAAAAGUAUCCAGAGGGAGACGAGGACCACAUCAAGUAUUCUUCAUCAAAAGAGGUCAAGACUGAUGACUUGAUGAGUCAUGAACACAUUUUGGCGGAAGGUUUUUUAAAUGUUCACAUUAAUUCAACUCUGACAAAUAAAUCCAGUACACAUCUGCGACUUUUAUCACUUUGCAAAGCUCAGUGGCCUUAAAAGCUAAGUAGCAAGAGGAUGAGAACAGUUUUGAGUCGUUUCUUUUGCUUUGGCUAUUUGCCGAGCCCAGUAGGUGAGAUUCUGUAUGAAUAGCAAUUAAAUAAAAUAAAUAACUAUUUUAAAAGCCACCACUGAAAAGUGUUUGCCCUCAGGUGUCCCAAAGAGGAUUUAAGAAGUGCCCCUUGAUUGUUUUUUGACAUUAAAAAAACAUUUACCAUUACAUAAGCUACUGAUUGUAUGAAAAUCAAAUGUGGUCGUGUUUUAUCUGUGUUUUUCAUGUGCUCUCUGUAAAAACAUCUUUCGAUGCUGAAUUUGAAUGAACUUCAUCUUAUUGUGCUAUGUGAAAGCGGAAUAAUUCCAUUUAUGUUGUAUCAUGUUGAAAAAAAUUAAAAUCAGCCAUUUGGUAAUUUUAUUUUCACGUCCUCUAAAUAAAUAAAAAAAAUUAAAAGCU